AUGGAAGAUAAUGGUACACAUCACCCAAUUUCAUCUUUCUUCCUCGUUGGUAUUCCUGGCUUGCAAGAUUUUCAUUGCUGGAUCGGCAUCCCUGUCUUCCUCCUGUUUGCCCUGACCCUGCUGGGGAACAGCAUCAUCAUUGCUACUGUCAAGCUAGAGCCAAGCCUCCACCAGCCUAUGUAUUUCUUCCUUUGCAUGCUGGCAGUGAAUGACAUGGCUCUUUCCUCUUCCACAGCCCCCAAGAUGCUUGGCACCUUUUGGUUUAAUGAUCACAGGAUUGGCUUUAACAUAUGCCUAACACAAAUGUAUUUUAUCCACACACUCUGCAUUAUUGAAUCAGCUCUCCUACUUGCCAUGGCUUUUGAUCGCUAUGUGGCUAUCUGCAUCCCAUUGCAUUACACAACCAUCCUAACAACAUCUAAAAUCAUUAAAAUGGGCCUAGUUGGUGUCAGCCGAGCUAUACUCAUGGUUCUGCCCUGUCCUCUUCUUAUUAAGAGGCUGCCAUACUAUGCAAAUUAUAUCAUCAAUCAUGUCUACUGUGAGCACAUGGCCGUGGUGAAGUUGGCCAAUGCCAACACCCUUAUUAACAGAGCAUAUGGCAUUUCUGUGGCCCUUUCAGUGAUGAUAUUGGACCUGGGGCUCAUAGCCACAUCCUAUAUCAAAAUUCUCCAAGCAGUCUUCCGGCUGUCUUCCCAGAAUGCCCGCUCCAAAGCCCUGGGCACCUGUGCUGCCCAUGUUUGCACUAUCCUUGUCUCCUACACACCUGCACUGUUCAGCUUCUUAACUCAUCGCAUAGGCAAGAAGGUUCCUCCAAGCGUCCAUAUACUCUUUGCAAGUCUAUACCUUCUGGUACCUCCCACAGUCAAUCCCCUGGUGUAUGGAAUCAAAACCAAGCAGAUUCGGGACCAGGUGGUGGGUCUCUUCUUCCCAAAUAAGAAAAUUUCUGAACAUUAA